GCAGCGUCCUGCCUUGUAAAUACUGUUAUUUGUAUAUACUGUAAAUGAUGACGUCGGUGGGCACGACCCGCGCCCGCGGGAGCUGGGAGCAGACGCAGACACAGAGCCAGACGCAGCACAAGCAGCGGCCGCAGGCCACCGCCGAACAGAUUCGACUUGCACAGAUGAUUUCGGACCACAACGACGCUGACUUUGAGGAGAAGGUGAAACAACUGAUCGACAUCACAGGCAAGAACCAAGACGAGUGUGUGAUUGCUCUGCACGAUUGCAACGGGGAUGUCAACAGAGCCAUCAACGUGCUGCUGGAGGGCAAUCCGGACACGCAUUCCUGGGAAAUGGUCGGGAAGAAGAAGGGUGUCUCGGGACAGAAGGACAGUGGACAGACAGAAGCCAGCGAAGAAAGCAAAGAAAACCGGGAGAGGGAGCGGGAUUUCAGCAGACGACGUGGCGGGCCGCCGAGGCGGGGGCGAGGUGCCAGCCGUGGAAGAGAGUUUCGGGGCCAGGAGAACGGGCUGGAUGGGGCGAAGACUGGAGGAUCUUCUGGAAGAGGCACAGAAAGAGGAAGACGGGGUCGUGGCCGAGGCCGAGGUGGCUCUGGAAGGCGGGGAGGAAGAUUUUCUGCCCAAGGCAUGGGAACCUUCAACCCGGCCGACUACGCUGAGCCAGCCAGCACGGAGGAGAGCUACGGGAACAGCAACAGCAACACGUGGAACAACACUGGCAGCUUUGAGCCGGACGACGGCACGAGUGCGUGGAGGGCAGCGACGGAAGAAUGGGGCACGGAGGACUGGAAUGAAGAUCUUUCGGAGACAAAGAUCUUCACGGCCUCCAAUGUGUCUUCAGUGCCUCUGCCUACAGAGAAUGUGACAAUCACGGCAGGACAAAGGAUUGAUCUUGCAGUGCUGCUGGGAAAGACGCCCUCUUCCCUGGAGAGCGAGGCAACGAACCUGGAGGCUUCCCAGGCUCCCUCCCUGGCGCAGCCGCUGGUGUUCAGCAAUUCCAAGCAGAGCGCUCUAUCCCAGCCGGCCGCCGGGAACACCUUCUCUCACCACAGCAUGGUGAGCAUGUUGGGGAAAGGCUUCGGYGACGUCGGCGAGGCCAAGGGCAGCAGCAGCACCACGGGCUCGCAGUUCCUGGAGCAGUUCAAGACGGCGCAGGCGCUGGCGCAGCUGGCGGCUCAGCACAGCCAGCCCGCGGGGAGCAGCCCUGCGUCCUCCUGGGACCUGGCGUCCGCGGCGCAGCCCUCGGCGCUCGUGCAGUACGAUCUCAAGAACCCGACAGACUCUUCCGUGCACAGUCCCUUCGCCAAGCGGCCGGCCUUCACGUCAGCCUCCACCAUGAUAGAGGUGUUUAUGCAGGAGAAGCAGCCCGUGGUGACGGCGUCGGCGACGGUGCCGGCCCCCCCUUCCUCGCCGCUGCCCAGCAAAGCCAACGCCGCUCCCCAGAUGUCCCCAGGCUCCUCGGACAACCAGUCGUCCAGUCCCCAGCCAGCACAGCAGAAGCUGAAGCAGCAAAAGAAGAAAGCGUCGCUGACAUCAAAGAUUCCUGCUCUUGCAGUGGAAAUGCCCGGCUCGGCAGAUAUCUCAGGGCUAAACCUGCAGUUCGGGGCGUUACAGUUUGGCUCGGAGCCUGUUCUCUCGGAGUACGACGCGCCGCCCACGACGAGCGCCGCCGUCAGUCAGUCCCAAAGCAGCCUGUACACCAGCACUGCGAGCGAAUCUUCGUCUACAAUUUCAUCCAAUCAAAGCCAGGAGUCUGGUUACCAGAGCGGCACGAUACAGACAGCAACGUUUACCUCCCAGAACAGCGCUCAGGGACCACUGUACGAACAGAGAGCCACACAAACCAGGCGGUAUCCAAAUUCCAUCUCUUCCUCCCCCCAGAAAGAUCUGACCCAGGCCAAGAAUGGUUUCAGUUCCGUACAAUCCACGCCAUUGCAAAACACGCAGGCCGUUGAAGGUGCUCCAGGCCCCGCGGUGAAGUCGGAAUCGCCGUCUGCUGGCAGCAUGGCGCCUCUCGGCGACGGCGUGUCGGCCUCCUCGCUGCUGAGCACGGCCGGCCAGCACUCGGCAGCGCUGGGCGGCCUGAGCCACGGYGAGGAGCUGCCCAGCAGCUCCGCGGCGCCGCUCAGCAGUACACUACCCACCCAACAGAACAGCCUGUCCUCAUCUACAUCCUCCGGGCGAACAUCGACUUCAACUCUUCUGCACACGAGUGUGGAGAGCGACGCGAGCCUCCAUUCCUCUGCUAGCACUUUCUCCACCUCCUCGAGCUCGGUGUCGGCGGCGCCGCCGGCCGUCAGCGUCUCCUCCAGCCUCAGCAGCGUCAGCAGCCUGGGCCUCAGCCUCAGCAGCAACUCCACGGUGACGGCCUCAACGCGCAGCUCCGUCGCGACGACAUCAGGAAAAGCCCCUCCCAAUCUCCCCCCUGGAGUCCCACCGUUGUUGCCUAAUCCCUACAUCAUGGCUCCAGGGUUGCUCCAUGCCUAUCCGCCACAGGUGUAUGGAUACGAUGACUUGCAAAUGCUCCAGACGAGAUUCCCAUUGGAUUACUACAGCAUCCCAUUCCCUACACCCACCACCCCGCUGACUGGAAGAGACGGCAGCCUGAGCAGCAAUCCAUACUCUGGUGACCUGACGAAGUUCGGCCGGGGCGAUGCGUCGUCGCCCGCGCCCGCCACCACGCUGGCRCAGCCGCAGCAGAGCCAGACGCAGAGCCACCACACGACGCAGCAGACCUUCCUGAACCCGGCGCUGCCGCCCGGCUACAGCUACACCAGCCUGCCCUACUACACAGGGGUCCCGGGGCUGCCCAGCACCUUCCAGUACGGGCCCGCCGUGUUCCCUGUUGCUCCUACCUCUUCCAAGCAGCACGGUGUGAAUGUCAGCGUCAACGCGUCGGCAACCGCUUUCCAGCAGCCCAGCGGCUACGGCUCGCACGGCUACAGCACCGGUGUAUCCGUGACAUCCAGUAACACGGGGGUGCCGGACAUCUCGGGCUCCGUCUACUCCAAAACUCAGCAGUCCUUCGAGAAGCAGGGCUUUCACACUGGAACGCCGGCGGCCUCCUUCAACCUGCCCUCGGCGCUGGGCAGCGGGGGCCCCCUGAACCCCGCCACGGCCGCCGCCUACCCCCCCACGCCCUUCAUGCACAUCCUGACGCCGCAUCAGCAGCCCCACUCGCAGAUCCUCCACCACCACCUGCAGCAGGAYGGGCAGAGCGGCUCCGGCCAGCGCAGCCAAGGCAGCUCCAUCCCCCAGAAAUCCCAGGCCAACAAGUCCGCCUACAACAGCUACAGCUGGGGCGCCAACUGAGCGCCCCCCGCGCGCCCUCCCCGCUCGCUUCCGGACGAGAGGA